CAAAAAUGUGAUCUUCGUUUUCUUGAAAUAUUUUAUUUGGGUUUUUGGUGCAAACAAAUAUGCCUAUAAGAGCGAUGUGCAAAUUCGAUGUUGAAGAUGAGAAUGUCUUUGGAGAUGAGAGGCUCUCUGAGGAAAGAAGAAGAAGGUUCUUGUGCCAUGGAAGAUUUGGAGGAAGCUUUGCCAGUAAGGAGGGGGCUUUCGAGGUUCUACAACGGGAAAUCGAGGUCGUUUGCGAACCUAGCCGAUGCAUUCAAGAUCAAAGACAUUGGCCAAACCGGAUUAUUUCCACAUCUACUACAAGAUGAGGAAACAGCGCAAAAACAUGCUCGCGCCCAGGGACGAUGGGGGCGCCAUAUCAAAGAGGCCCACGACCUCCGCCACCAAUUUGGCUUUGGCUAUGAGCAACUCGGAGAGCGAAUGCAACUCUCCAUGCAGCUCAAUUGCGUAGAGAAACUAUGUUUAACCAUAGGCGGAUCGAAAUUUUGCAUAGCUCAACCCAUUAUUUACUCAAUUUUAUGCAUUUAAUCGACCAUAUUUGUUCAAUAAAUAUGCUCGAUUUUUUAAUUAAUCAAGUACUAUAAAAAUUUGCUGUGGAAUCUAAAAAACAUAGUGCAUUGGCA